AUGAUUAAAACGUUUAGGAAAAGUAAAAGACUGUCAAGUGAGUCAAGUGGUUCCCCUAAAAAGACAAUAUCUCGGGUUUCAACUUUAUCAAGCAAUCAAACAUCUUUUGAUGCAUCUUUGCAAUCCCCGAAAAAAGUCAUCAAAGCAUUAUACGAUUAUGAACCUCAAGGUCCCGGUGAAUUGAAGUUUACUAAAGGUGAUUUCUUUCAUGUUUUAACUGAUCCUAAUGAUGAAGAGUAUAAAGAGGCAGAGGCAAAUGGUUGGGUGGAAGCAACAAAUCCGAUGACACACAUAAGAGGCAUGGUUCCUAUAAGUUACUUCGAGGUCUUUGAUCGAUCACGCCCUGUUGCUCUAGCCAGCAAUCCACCAACAAAUAAUAUCAAUUCUGAAAAACCUGCAAUGAUUUCUCCAAAAGCAGCUGUUCCAAAACGAAGUUCAAAUCAAACAUUAUACGCCGUCACAUUAUACGAAUUUAAAGCUGAAAGAGACGAUGAGUUGGAUGUGGUGCCAAAUGAAAAUUUAAUUAUAUGUGCACAUCAUGAUUAUGAGUGGUUCAUUGCAAAACCGAUAAAUCGAUUAGGUGGCCCUGGUUUAGUUCCCGUGUCAUAUGUUAAAAUUAUCGAUUUAUUAAAUCCCAAUUCAAGCUACGCUUCAAUUGAUACUUCAGAUCGUUCUCAAGUAAUGAAAGUGAUAAGUGGAUUUAAUAUACCCACAGUGGAACAAUGGAAAGAUCAAACUGCAAAAUAUCAAGCUUCAACUAUUCCACUUGGUUCCAUAUCUGGUAGUAGGACACCACCAAUGUCGGCCACUUCACAAUAUUUUGAUGCACAACAAGUUAUGUCUAAUCGUUCGAGUCUUAGCUCGAUUACUAUCUUGGAAGCAGGCGUAGACAAUUAUCAAUUAGAUCAUGGUAGAUAUCAAUAUUUGAUAACAGCUAGAUUAUCCAAUGGCAAGAUUAGAUAUUUGUACCGUUAUUACCAAGAUUUUUAUGAUUUACAAGUCAAAUUGUUGGAAUUGUUCCCAUAUGAAGCAGGUAAAAUGGAAAACUCAAAACGAAUUAUCCCUUCGAUACCAGGUCCUUUAAUUAAUGUUAAUGAUUCAAUAUCAAAAUUAAGAAGAGAGAAAUUAGAUUAUUAUUUAUCGAAUUUAAUUUCGUUACCUGCUCAUAUUUCUCGAUGUGAAGAAGUUUUACGAUUAUUUGAAGUUUUGGAUAAUGGAUUUGAUCGUGAAACAGAUGCCAUCAACAAAAGAUAUUCCAAACCAAUUAGCCAAAAAUCCACUUCCCAUCAAGAUCGAUUAUCCCAAUAUUCUAAUUUUAACACUUUGCAACAACAAACUAGAGUAUCCGACCCAACCACUGCAAAUUCCAAUGACUCUACCACACUUAGAUCUAGAGAAUCUUCAACUACAAACAUUACUUCCCCACAAGACUCGGCAUUGUUGAAACAACCUAAAGUCAAAGUCAAAUUUUAUUUUGAUGAUGAUAUAUUUGUAUUAUUACUUCCGACUAAUUUACGCUUGCAAGAUUUGAAGACUAAAUUGUUUAAGAGAUUGGAAUUGGAAGAUAGUCAGCAACAUAAUUUUGAUGAUGCUAAAACUUCUAAUUCAAUUCAUUUAUUUUUGAAAAAUGAUUAUGAAGAUUUCUUGACUGAGAAUAAUAUUUCAAAUAUAAAUAUGAAGAAUGAAGUUCAUCAAGCUAAAUUACAAGAAUUUGAAGUUGAUGAUGAUGAAAAAUUCCAAAGUGUUUUAUUUGAUAAAUGCAAAUUAAUGAUUUUGAUAGAUUAA